AUGUACGACAGGUCUACUCAGAUUCUGGUCGUAUGCGUUAUUUUCUUUAUUCUUUCUUGGGUGUCUGUAGGGUUACGAGUUUAUGUCAAGGCUGCAUUACUAAAACAAGUUGGUUGGGAUGACGGGGCCAUGCUUGCAACACUGCUGCUUUUCACCGGUUACUUGAUAUGCCAGCUCGGCAGUCUAGCACAUGGCAAUGGACGACGACGUGAGACUAUGACAGACGCAACAGCUCAGAUAGGAUUGAUGUACUGGUUCUUUUGUGAACUUUUCUACACGUUGGCGACAUCAAUGCUAAAGAUCGCUAUUGGCCUCUUCUUCCUCAGGAUCGCCAACAACCGAGUGCACAUCUUUAUCAUCAAGUCUAUUAUGUACAUCAGCGCGGUGCUCGGUGUCACAUACUUUUCCAUCGUCCUGUUCCAAUGUCACCCAAUCUCCUUCUGGUGGGAUCUCAGCCCGGAUCAUCACGGACGUUGCUUGAGCGCCUCAGUCAUGGCUGAUACAUCAUACGUCGUAUCAGCCUUGAACUCGGUGGCAGAUUGGGUCUUUGGUAUCCUUCCAAUCUUCAUUGUCAAGGAUCUUCAAAUGCAUCGCCAUCAGAAGGCAGUAGUGGCUGUCAUUCUCGGUUUCGCCGCGGUCGGAAGUUCUGCAACGAUCAUCCGUCUACCCUACGUGUGGACUGUUAAGGAGUACAAAGGCGAAUUCCUCUGGCGCACGGCUGAUGUGGCCAUCUGGACUACCGUCGAGGUUGGAAUCGGUAUCACUGCUGGUAACUUGGGAACUUUGAGACCACUCAUGCAACGU